AUGGGCUCGAUCGAAAUCCCCAACCGACAAUUCAGCGUGACCAUCGUCGGGGCUGGAGUGGGUGGGCUCACCUUGGCUUUGGGCCUCCUGCGGAAUAAUGUUCCCGUCACGAUCUAUGAGGCAGCUCCGAAUUUCAAAAGCACCGGCUUUGGUAUCUCGAUGGGCCCUGCCGCUCACCGUGCUCUUUCCUUGAUCGACCCUAGCAUCAGCAAAGCAUAUGAUGCCCUAGUGACCACACAUGCCGAUAGCCCGGGCUAUGAACACUUCUGCCGCACUUGGUUUGAGCUCGUCUGGACUACCGCGGACAAGUGUGGUAAGGUUAUGACAAACCUAAGGGCGCAGACCCUGGGACAGACAUCCGUACAUCGUGGCGACUUCCUUGAAACCUUGAUCAAUUGCCUGCCCCCGGGGAAGGUGCGAUGGGGAAAGAAUCUGAUAGGGAUGCAAGAGAUGGCUCAGGGUAUCAGCCUACGCUUUGAAGAUGGCUCAUCGGCAAUGGCCGACGUCGUAAUCGGUUGCGACGGCAUCCACUCACGGGUUAGGCAAUGCAUGUUGUUAGGAGAGCAGAUUCGGCCCCAGUAUGCGGGCAUGUACGCGUACCGGGCCGUGCUGGACAUGGGCGCUAUGAUUGAUGCUGUCGGCGAGCACCGCGCUCGAGUUGCAACCAUGUAUAUGGGAGAAGGUGGCUAUGUGGUUACCUAUCCGAUCAUGCGUGCGAAACAAGUAAACGUGGGCCUCUUCAAAGAGAGUGAUAGUUGGAAUCAUGACACUUGGGUUCAAUCUGUGAGCAGAGAAGAGAUGGAACAUGACUUUGGUCAUAUGGGUGAUGCCGUCCGGUCAAUACUAAAGCAUAUAACGACCCCAAUUCGAUGGGCCGUGUUUGAUAAUCCCCCUAUCUCGACAUAUACACGAAACAACAUAGCCAUUUUGGGCGAUGCCGCCCAUGCCUCGACGCCUCACCAAGGCGCCGGUGCGGGUCAGGCUAUUGAGGAUGUCCACGUUCUCGCAGAACUCCUGGGUGAUCCGCGUGUUCUCAGGCGAGAACAAGUGAAGGCUGCAUUCCACGCCUAUGACGCUAUGAGGAGGCCAAGGAGUCAGUGGGUGGUAAGAACGAGCAGAGACAUGGGACAUCUGCUCAGUCUGAGCUUGGAUGCAGUUAAGGGAGAAGAAGAGCUCAAGCAUUUAUUGAAUAAACGGAUGGGGUUGCUAUGGGAUUUGGAUAUCCCGGGCCAAGCUGAGAUAGCACAAAAAGUUAUGCUUCAGCAUCUUUCGUGGGUUGUGUGA